GUCUAUGGUUCGUUUGUCGUCUGUGGUUACGAGUACGAAUCACGUCUGUGGUACGACCGUACGAAGUCGGAAGUAUGUAUAUAAUAAUCUGUGGUGUGGUACCAAUAUUGAUUGACGUUUAUCAAUUUUCGUGAUACAACAUUCGGAAAGUGAAUAUUGAACUACACUUUCAAAGUCAAACAUGAACAGGGGACGCGGAGGAAAGUUCGGCGGCCCCAGAGGCGGAGGCCGAGGUGGCGGCGGAGCCCGAGGCGGUGGGAACCAAAGCGGGCCUGUUUAUUCGGACAGUUUACGUGAUCUGGAUAUAGAACUGGAAUUACUAAAACGCAAAAGGCAAAUAAUUGAACAGGAGCAGAACAUGCUAGACAGAUUCGCUAAUAACACCAACAAUUACUCGUCUAACUACAGUAAUCAGCAAAGCAGUAACAAUUACUCUAGUAACAUUAAUAGCAGGCAGUAUGAUAACAAGCAACCCUUUUAUAAUCAACCAGGUCCCAGUUACAGUUCUGCUUAUUCUAAUACCCCCAGACUUGGUAAUUCUGAUACCAGGCCACAGGGUGUGAAACGUCAACAGGUUUGGGAAAAUCCUUCCCCACCAAAACGUUUCAAUGCACCUCAGAGGAUAAAUCCUUGGCAGAAUCAAGACCCGAUGCCAGAGUACAGACCUGUAAACCAAGGCCCUCCCCAACCAAAAAAUUUCUCUUCCCAAAACAGGGCGUCAAUGAACCUUAAGCCUAGCAUCGGCCAACGAAUCACUACAAAAUAUAACCCACCACCUGAACGUAAGAACUUUAAACCUUCCAAAGUGACGAAACCCAACCAAAAAUCUAACAAUCCUACAUAUUACACAUCUGAACAAACUAAGAUGUUAAUAGAUGAAACCAAUAAGUUGAUUGCACAUACUAAUUCAAUGAUGCAAAAACCUACAACGAAAUUCCAAAAUCCCAAACCCAAAUUCCAAAAUCCCAAACCCAAAUUCCAAAAUCCUAAUCCUAUUCCUGCGGGUCAGGUGAUUCCGAAAAAGCUGAAUGCAAAGACAGAUAUUGGAGAUAAUAUUUUACAAGAUACCAUUCUUCGACCCAAUAUACAGCCGUUUGGGCAAGUUAAAGGGCGUUUGGAGUUAGCUUUGGGCACAAUUCUCAAAGGAGUCAAGGAGUUAUGCGCUGAUGAUGACACCUUCGAGUUUUUUAACCUCCCUUUCAUACAGCGUACGAUUAAACAAAUUAUCCGUAAACGUAUAAGAGAUAUUAUGAUGAAUAAACCAGUCGUAAAUUCUACCGAAGUUGUUAAUAGAUAUCGCCAGCAAUAUCCUAAGAAAACUGACAGUGAAAUAUUGAAAAUAGCCCAAGAUGCUGAUACAUAUUAUAAAAAAAAUCGGGGCCUCUUACACCUUAUUGAAUCAGAUGAUCCUGAACAAUUUUUCAAUAUGAACUUACAACGGAUUUUGAGCUAUAAGCUUGAUGAUUUAUUUGAAGACGUAAGGAAUGUGUAUACAAAAAGGGUAUAUAAUAUUGAUGAUAUUGUCCAAAAAUUUGCAAAUGAAUCAGAGUUGCCGAAAAAAGAUGAAAACCAGGAUAAUAAAACUGUGGAGACCGACGCCACAGAGGAAAUGAAAGACACAGAUAUGGAGAAAAUAACAGAUGACGAUAAAGUUACAGACGGAGAGAAAGUUGCUGAUGAGAAGAAAGUUACAGACGAAGAGAAAAUUUCAGGUGAGAAAGUUUCAGGUGGUAACAGUGAAACUGAUGAGAAUAAAGAUAUAGAUGUCCAGAAAAAUACAAAAAAGGAAAACAAUAAUGAAGAAGAAAAGGACAAUAAAGAUAAUGGUGAAACGAAAAGUCAACCAAAUACUCAAGAAUGUACCAAUACCCUUGUAAAGGAAAUAAUGGAAGAAUAUGAGUUAAAAAAUCCAAAGACCAAACAUUAUUUUGACCUUGCAGAUAAAAUUAUAGAACAACGAUUGCCAUCACUUUUGCCAAAGUACAAAGGAACAAUUUUGUCAAUCUUGUGUACAAACAAAGAAUUCGUAAGUUUCCAAGCUUUACUUCAUAGGGAAAAGAAUGAAAUGUACAGACAACAAAGGCUGAAAAGAAAUAGUCAAAAUGUGAUAACAUUGGAUGAUGAUGAUGACGAUGAUAAGAAAGCCAGUGUCUCCUUAAAACCUGAGACUGCAAGUUCUGUUAAAACUGAAACUGCAACUAGCAGUUCUUCAAAAAUUGAUCAACAGGCUACAGCUGUAAUAACAUCAGUUACACCAUCAAAACCAACCACACCCGCAGAGGAACCUUCGACCCCUGGUAAAUCAACCGAUACAGCACCCAUUUCAACAACGCCAACUGCUAAACCUUCAGUUACACCAAAACCUGCAACACCUACAACUGCUAAAUCUUCAAUGGCACCUGUCAAAGAUGCUGAGAAAAAUAUUCCAUCCACUCCUAAAGCAGCAGCUAAGGACAUACUUUAUGUGAAGCUUAUUGGUCGUCCAGAAUUACCCGCCCGGGCUGUUAUCUAUGAGUUCUUGAAUAAGUUCAAACCAAAUUCUAUCAAGAAACACAAGAGUAUCAACAACCUAUUGGUCGUCGGGUUUGUAGACAAGGAAGGAUAUGAAAAGAUAUUAUCCGCUACUGAAUCUGUUGUAGGUGAUUCUACACUUACUAUUAAAGCCAGCGAGCAAGUUAUUACUACGCCAAUACAAAACAAAUCCGGUCAACCAGUAAACAAAACACCCAUUAACAAGACACCAAUCACAAAUAAAAACAUAACCACUGACAAGGUUAUUAAAACUCCAAUUAAAACUGAAGAGCAAAUCACAAACAACGACAAAACGCCAGUACAAACAGAAGCCAAAUCGACUACUGAUGAAGCACGUGACAAUACAGAGGAAAUAUUAUCAGAAUUAGACUCGCAAAUCAAUGAUUUAUUAACGUCAAUUAGAAACACAGAUGAGGAAAAUGACGAUUUAAAAGAGGAGGAAAAAAAUAAUCCAGAGGAAAAUUCAACUGAUGUUGAUAAAAUGGAUACAGGUGCUGAACCUGACUGCGACAAAGGGGAAGUGACAAAGAAAUCUGACGAAAAAAGUGAUGAAAUCACUGAUGAAAACAAGGAAAAGGAAACUGACGACAUUAAGAGUGAUCAAAACGAUGAAAAACCAACCAGUGACUUGAUAGAAAAUACUGAAAUUGAUAAAUCUGAUAAGAACAAUAUGGGUACAAUAAUGGAAGUUGAUGAUGAAAACAAAACAAAAGCGGCCACAGAAGCUGUGAAAGGCGUAAAGGAAUCUGGUAGAGCUACACCUACCAGAUCUUCGUCUCGCUUGGCGAAUGUCACUCCCAGUACAAUAAAAACGAGACGGGCAAGCAGAUUAGCUAAUAAUAAUUAGUGCUUACUGACAUUACGUCGGGUAUGGAGGUUUCCUAAAUAGGAACUUUUUAUUUAAUUAUUAAAAAUUUCGAUUAGAUUAAUAAUAAUAAAUAUAAUAAUUACUAUUAUUUAUUUAAGUCUUGAAGUGAUUGACUUAUUACUUUAAAGUUUAAAUUGGAAUGCAGAUUAUUUUGAAGCGGAUGAUGGUAUAAAAAUUUUGUUUUACAAGAAACAUGGCUAGUUGACACUUUUUAAUAUAUGGUCUUAAAUAGUUCAUUAUCGAUCUACUAGACUGAAAAAUUUUUGUCAUAUUUUUUUGAGACGUGAUUAAUUGAUUGAAAAUUUUAGUUUUUAAAUAUAUUUUUGAUAAUACGAGCCAAAACGCCUGUCGGCCAUGACAGUCUAUAUUUCAACUGUUUCAUGACGUCACUUUAAGACAUACCAUACAAAUGGAGCGUUUGACAAUAAUAUUAGAUAACAAUUAGUUCGACGUUUAGUACAUCAAGUGUGUUAGUGACGUCACAAAAUGGACGACAGUGUUUUUGACGUUUGGAAAAUUUAAAAAAAUACGUGAUAUUUAAAUUAUCUUUUUUAUGAAAUCCUUAAACCUUAUUAACUGAUAUCGAUUUAUUUCAGACCCUUAUUCCAUGUACUACACGAAAUCAAUAUAGUUUAUAUUAAAUUUGAUAUGAGUCAACUACCUAUUAAGUGGUCACAUUUUACAAGUAGUUUCAAUAUUAUAUUUUAGCAAUGUUUUAUGAACUUCAGCCGUUUUCAACAUUUAUCUAUUAAUAAAAUGACUUAGUAGAAUCUAGUUACCUAUAAAAUAAUACUGCUUCAUACUUUUAAGAAAUUUUAUGAGUAAUUUAGAAUAAAAUUUUAAAAAAUC